GCACUAAAGAUAAAAAAAAAAAACAAAAUAUAAUAACCUCACUUUUCCAUUUUCCAGUAUUUUGAUUCAUUUUGUUAAUUUUGGUUUGAUUUUGGUCUAGACUAGAGGAAUGUGAAGAGAUUUCAUCGUUUAAUGUUUGUUUACGUCGUGGGCCGCGGAGGUCCGUGUUGCUCUAGGGUGGUGAGCGUAAAUAAAACAAUUUCACCCAUUCACUUGCUUGUCAACAAGCUAAAGCGCUAAAACUCGAUUUAAUAAUGCAUUUCUUGGAUAAUUUUGAUCCGGAAACAUCAGCUCGAGAGCGGCGCAAGUUAAAUCGUAAGAGUUAUUUCAGUCGGAAGACCAAAAGUAUUUACGAUGAACGUGGUUUAAUAACUGCAACUGGGAAAGAUUUGUGUGACUGUUUAGAAGAGGCAUGUCCAGGUUGUCAUUUUCCAUGUCCCAAAUGCAGUUCUCCUAAAUGUGGCCAUGAAUGCAGGACGAACAGAAAAUGGAUGUACGACAGAAUUGAAAUAGAAGGCAAUGACUUUGUAGUAAAAAAUGAUUACAAACACAAGUAGCAAACAAAAAUUAACAACAUUUAUUAAUAAUACAAAGUAAACUACUCGUUAGCCAACAGUUUAAAGAAAUAUUCCACUUCUAAUUCUCCAUCUUCUGGCAGAUCAGUGCAGUGCACUGCAUUGUGAAUGAUGUCCUUCCCAUAGAGGGCUCUUAUGCAGUUUGGGUACAAUUGGCGACCUAGGUCCUGAAAGGAACAAAUACAAGUAACUGCUGCUGUUGUGCUGUGCUUGUGGUAUGAGCUCGUUGCAAAUUAUAUUAAGGUCUCUGAUAUUCAGACAAUGUUUAUCCAUGUAGAUAGCAUUGCUGUGGAACCCAUAUACUUCAGGACCUCUUGUUCUGUAUUUCUUGUAUUUUUAUGACUAUCACAGAUAAUAAAAACCAACAAACAGCACAUUUUUUUAUUAGAGUUAGAAAUUAAAAUUGCUUUUUUAAUUACUUGCUUGGUAGUGUGUAAGUAGUUCAACCAGUAAAAUAUGAAUUAAUGUUGAUAUGUUUUGAAUAAAUACAUAUAAAAAUA